AAGAACUGCUGGGAUCUGCUGUUUCUCCCUCCUGAGUUCCGACUGCACAGGAAUGAGCACACAGACAGGGACUUGGUCGCUGCUGAGCUGAUUGAUUACAUGCCAAGAAGAACAGAGUUGCAAGCAUGACAAGAACUCAAAGCACCAAAAGAUGUGCCACAAGCAGCAAAGAGCAUAACCAUUUUCUACUCAAACAUCAUUCAGUCACUUGGUACGUGAUGUUCGUUGUACUGGUGACACUUUUUGCUGGAAAUGCCCAUGCUGGUGACAAGUCAUAUACAGGGCCCUGUGGAGGAAGAGACUGCAGUCAGGGGUGCCAGUGUCUGCCGGAGAAAGGAAGUCGCGGACAACCAGGACCUCUUGGCCCGCAAGGUACCCCUGGCCCACCAGGACUCAUAGGAAUAGCAGGUCUCCAGGGACGUAAGGGAGACAAAGGAGAGCGAGGAUUUCCUGGAGUGACUGGACCCUUUGGAGACAAGGGCCAAAGAGGUGUUACAGGUUUUUCCGGAGCUGAUGGCAUACCUGGACAUACAGGUCAGGGUGGCUCAAGAGGUAAACCAGGUCAUGAUGGUUGUAAUGGAACAAAAGGUGAUGCUGGUGAUGGGGGCUCACAUGGUCCAAGAGGCCCUCCUGGAAUUCUUGGUGGAUUUGGUGUCAAAGGCCAAAAAGGAGAACCAUUUCAUGUAUCCAUUGAGGUGAAAAACAGACUUAGAGGAGAUCCUGGUGAACCAGGCUUUAAUGGCAUUCAGGGUCCAAGGGGUUCUCCUGGAAUAGCAGGAUUCAUUGGGCCACAGGGUUAUCGUGGCCCUCGUGGGCCACCUGGACCUCCUGGGACACAAGGACUACAAGGCAACAGAGGACUUGGCUAUUACGGAGAAAAAGGAGACACUGGUGAUCCAGGUCCACCUGGUGAACAAAUUCCUCCAGGAGAGAGAGAACAACAGCACAAAACUGAAAUUCUCUUGCUAAAAUAUAAGGGGGCCAAGGGGGACCAAGGAGAAAGGGGAAUUCGAGGUGAUAAAGGUCAACAAGCUGUCACAGGAGAAAAAGGAGAAGAAGGAAUCACAGGAUUUCCUGGACAAAGGGGAUUGCCUGGUAAUGAUGGUGGCCGUGGAAAUGCAGGAGAAAUAGGGUUUCCUGGGUCAAAUGGAGCACCUGGAUUACCUGGUUAUAAGGGAAUAAAGGGAGAACAUGGGAACCGAGGACCUGCAGGACCUGUUACCUUUCUCAAAGGUCAAAAACCAAAAAAAGGUUAUGAAGGUGAUAUGGGAUUUCCAGGACUUAAUGGGCUUUAUGGAGAUGACGGAGACUUGGGAGAUCCUGGUUUUCCAGGUCAGAAUGGAUUUCCAAGUACAUUUCCAGGACGCACAGGUGAUCCAGGAUUGAAUGGUCAAAGGGGCCCCAAAGGUUACCAAGGUGAUCCAGGCUUACCAGCAUUUCAGCCAGGACCCCCGGGUAAAGAUGGAGAACCUGGCAAUGAAGGACCACCUGGCAAACCUGGAUACCCAGGUGGUCGCAUUGGGAUGAAAGGAUUACCUGGGCCUCCAGGAAGGGAUGGACAUAGAGGAUUUCCUGGUUCUCGGGGUUUCAAAGGAAUUAAAGGUGAACAAGGGGAAUGCAAGUGUUUUGCAGGAGAUGAAGCUGGUAGAGGCCCUGCUGGAGAGUCUGGUCCAGUGGGUUUCCCAGGUUUUCAGGGUCUGUCAGGCAGAAAAGGAGAAGCGGGAGAUAGAGGAGUACAAGGGCUACCAGGAACACCAGGCACAGUGGGUCUGACUGGUCCUGCUGGGUUUCCAGGUCCUGCUGGAGAGAAGGGUGAUAAAGUAGUUGCUACAGAAAAAGGUUCCAAGGGAGUGCAAGGCAACUCUGGUUUUCCUGGUGCCCCUGGUCGUGAUGGAUACCCGGGAAGAAAUGGUAGAGAUGGUAUUCCUGGCUUUCAAGGCCCUCCUGGAGAUGGUGUAAAAGGACUCCCGGGUUAUGCUGGGUUUCCUGGACAACCUGGUACUCCUGGUGUUCUAGGUGAGACAGGCUUUCCUGGACCUGGAUUUCCAGGUCCAAAAGGUGUACGUGGAGAACCAGGAAACAGAGGCAUUAGUGGAUUCCCAGGAAUUCCUGGACUUUCAGGUCCCCAAGGUGACUGCUACCAAUCAGCAGAUGAAGAAAAUGAAAUAGGGAAAGAAGGAACUGGCUGCCAUCUGAUUGCACCACCUGCUCCAGAGGGCGCCCGAGGGCCACCAGGAUUGCCAGGAUAUAACGGUUUAAGAGGCCAGAAAGGUUUCCCUGGACCACAAGGUUUUAAUGGAGUGUUUGGAUUAAAAGGAGUCAAAGGAGAACCUGGGAAUGAUAGUUUGCCCGGUCCACCAGGUUUUCCUGGGCAAAGGGGAGAUAGAGGUAAUGCAGGAAUUCCUGGUCUACCAGGGGCACCGGGUCUAUCAGGAAAACCUGGCUUUAAAGGGGUUCAAGGAGAAAAGGGAGGUGCAGGUGAUCGCUUAGGAGCUCCACCAGGGGAGCAAGGAAAUACUGGACUGCCUGGGUUGCAAGGACUGAAAGGAUUACAAGGGGAUCAAGGCAUACCUGGUCUGCAAGGUAAAGUUGGAAUACCAGGAACACCUGGAAACAAGGGUAGUAAAGGCAGUGCUGGGGCCCCAGGAGGACCUGGAAUACCAGGACCUGCAGCACAAUUUGGAUUUCCAGGAAUGCCAGGAAACCCAGGCACUCCAGGACCCCACGGUUCAAUGGGACCUCCAGGUUCUCCAGGACCGAGAGGAGAUGAAGGCGAUAAAGGGCCACCAGGUCCGGUUGGCAUGAAAGGGUUACCUGGAGAACUAGGCAAUGAAGGAUUUGUUGGAAUUAGGGGGAAACAAGGGGCUCCAGGUAUCCCUGGCUUGGUUGGAAUGCAUGGACUUCCUGGUGUGAAAGGUGUCAAAGGUUCCCCUGGCAUGGAAGGAUUUCAUGGAAUGAAAGGAGCAAAGGGGAGACCUGCAUGGAGAGGACCCAAGGGACAAAGUGGCAAUAUAGGAUUUCCAGGAGUAAAAGGGAGAGACGGAGCACUGGGUUACAAAGGUGACCGUGGGGAAAGGGGACUACCAGGAGAGCCCCCCGAAAUGCUGCCAGAAGUUAUGCAUUUGGCAAAAGGUGAAAAGGGAGAUCAAGGUGUUCCUGGAUUCAAGGGCACUACUGGACCUACAGGCAGUAAAGGUAUGCCAGGAGAUCCUGGACAGCCAGGGUUAUCUGGUUUGCCUGGCAUACCAAGCUUUGAAUUUGGUGAUAAAGGAGAUACUGGCUUGCCUGGGCGUGGUGGUCAUCCAGGAAUUCCAGGAGAAGUUGGUCCACGAGGAAUUAUUGGCUUCCCAGGAUUUACUGGUCCUAGGGGAACUCCUGGUUUCUCUGGCCUUCCUGGUGUUCCUGGUGAAAGAGGCCAUUAUGGAGAUACAGGCCAGAGAGGUGAUACUAUUGAUUUACCAGGAGAAAGAGGAGUUAAGGGUCAGACUGGAAGCCCUGGGCUGUCAGGACAACAUGGAAUACAUGGAGAAAAAGGAAUAAAAGGGGAAGCCGGUUCCUAUGGUAUUGAGGGAAUGAGAGGUGAACCUGGACAACCAGGAGAAAAGGGAUUCCCAGGUCAGCAAGGCCUGUUGGGCUUACAAGGCUCACAGGGUUCACCGGGUCAACCGGGUGUACAUGGCGAGAAAGGAAAUACUGGGUUUCCUGGAUUACCUGGUCAACAUGGAUUUCCUGGUUUAAGAGGGAUUGCUGGCCUAGAUGGUCUGCCAGGCAGCAAAGGAAUCCAGGGACAACCAGGUGCAGAAAUACCUGGUUUAAAGGGUUUUAAAGGUCUGAGUGGUGAAAAAGGUCAACCCGGAGAGUUUAGUACCAUUGUAGGAAUACCUGGACCUGCAGGACCUAAAGGAACCAUAGGGGAUCAAGGUUUCCCUGGCUUAACUGGACUUCCUGGAACAGUUGGAGUUCGUGGCUUGCCUGGGUUUUCUAACAGGACAGGAACGCUAGGAGCUGUUGGACAGCCAGGACCUCCUGGACUGCCAGGUUUUCCAGGCCCUGUGGGAACCCCAGGUUUACCCUCUAAACCUGGAGUAAAAGGAGAAAUAGGAGAGCUGGGGCCACAAGGGAACUAUGGCGCUAAAGGUAUUCCUGGUGAUCAAGGAAAAGUGGGAGCUCCUGGAGUUGCUGGAAUACCUGGAGUCAAAGGUUGGAAAGGCAAUGCUGGCUUCCAAGGUGUGUCUGGGGUAUUAGGGCAUCUAGGUGAUCAGGGACUUAAAGGAUAUAAAGGUGACAGAGGAGAACACGGGUUAAAGGGUCCUUCUGGACAACCAGGCCCUAUGUCUGAACCUCCUAUUAUUAUUGCUGAACGUGGUUUCCAUGGGCCACAAGGAAUUAUUGGCCCUAAAGGUGUUCAGGGCGAAAUAGGUCCAAGAGGUGUUGUGGGUAGUCCAGGUGCCCCUGGCCAAACUGGGAAAGAAGGAUUACCAGGCAUACCAGGCUGGCCUGCACCUCCAGGCGGCCGAGGAGAAUCGGGACCCAUGGGACAAAGUGGACUUGAUGGACUAAAAGGUGCCACUGGUGUGCCAGGCAGGGCAGGGCAUCCUGGGAUGCCGGGAAGAAGUAUCAAUAUUGGCUAUCUUUUAGUCAAGCACAGUCAAACUGAUGAAGAGCCAAUGUGUCCUGUUGGUAUGGCCCGGUUGUGGACUGGGUACAGUUUGCUUUAUUUUGAAGGACAGGAAAAGGCACACAAUCAGGACUUGGGUCUAGCUGGAUCUUGUUUGCAGCGCUUCAGUACAAUGCCUUUCCUGUACUGCAACCCUGGCGACGUCUGUUAUUAUGCAAACCGUAACGAUAAGUCUUAUUGGCUUUCCACCACUGCUCCUCUUCCAAUGAUGCCGGUGGUUGAAGAAGAAAUAAGGCCAUAUAUUAGCCGUUGCUCAGUGUGCGAAGCUCCGGCAGUAGCAAUCGCUGUUCAUAGUCAAGAUGUCAGUAUCCCUCAUUGCCCAGAUGGUUGGCGGAGCUUGUGGAUUGGAUACUCUUUUCUCAUGCACACUGCAGCAGGUGACGAGGGAGGAGGACAAUCUCUCUCUUCCCCGGGAAGUUGUUUGGAAGACUUCAGGGCAACUCCAUUCAUUGAAUGUAAUGGCGAAAGAGGGACCUGCCACUACUUUGCAAACAAGUACAGUUUCUGGCUUACUACUAUUGACCAGACCUUCCAGAGCUCUCCGGCUGCAGAUACUCUUAAAGCUGGGCUCAUUCGAACUCAUAUCAGCCGAUGCCAAGUCUGCAUGAAAAAUCUGUAAAACAACAAAACUGUUCCUUUCUGAUUUUAUGACAAAUUUAUAUUGGUGCUCAAUGUUAACUUAUUACCUCACAGCAGAUGAUGAUACUUUGUUAUGUUAACUCUGUUAAAGUUUUGCUAUUCAUAUACCCAAUUUCCUCCCCCCUGUAUGAAUUCCAGCUUUAUAUGGCAAGGCCUUCUACUUAUAGGGGGAAUCUAUUCAUCACACAGCUAUUUUCUAACAAAUGGGAUUGUGUACAUUUAAUGAUAACUAAAUAGUAUUUGCAUCCAAAGCUACACUGUUAAAUCGAUUAAACUUCCAAUUAUAGUUAUUGAUUAAAUUGGCCCUUAUCCUAUUUCCUGUUUAGUAUAAAUAUCAACGCAGUGACAGUUCAGAUGAAGACUAAUAUCCCCUUUCAUUACCUACCACUAAUAGUUGCUUGUAUAUUACUUGAUACCAGUUACAUAUUCGCUUUGUAAAUCAGUACAUUUACCUAGGGCAUGGUCUAUUUUGGUUAAUAUACACAUUAUAGAACUGAUAAAUCUGGGUUGCGUAUUUUGUUAUAGCUUCAUAUCGCCCACAUUUUGUGUAUACUAGAUGUAAGUAGUAAUAAACACAGAGAUGGGUGGGUGCUUGGAUUCUAGGGCAGCGAUGAUGUUGUAUGUUGCAUCCAGUGGCCUCAGAGCAGGUGUUUAUUUUUGAAUUUCAGUCUUGGAGGCAAGUUUUGGUUGCAUAAAAAAUGUGUACUGCCAAACAGAGCCUCCUGCAGGCUGCCAGUCCAUGUAGGGGCUACCAAAUAGCCAAUCACAGCCCUUAUUUGGCACCACCCAGAAAUGUUUAAAAUGCUUAUGUUAUGCUAGAAUUUUUUUUACAUUUGAAUGUGGCUCAAAAGUUAAAAAGGUUGGGGACCCCUGCUUUAAAGACAUGUUAUUAGGUGCAAUGAUAAAAUGGUGUAAAAUUCCUUUUUUACUUGAUAUUAAUGGUUUAAAGUGAAGGGAACCUGGUAGCUGUUCAAUGUCUUUCCGCUUUUACAAUGUACUAAUCUUUCACAAAAAUAGGACACCUGCUCUUUAACAUGUAGAAACACACUGGUGGAAUAUACAAAAGUGGUACAAUUUUACACCAUUGUACUAAUCCAUCAAACUAUUGCCUAAAAUUCAUGUAUAUUAUAAUAACAUAGUGUAACAUAAAAGCAGUUUGUCUUUAAGAGUCACUUCCAUUCGGUGGAUUGGAUAUCUUCAUGCCUGACAAAAGAUUAAAUGAAACAACCUACAAGUACAUAGGUUUGCCCUAGGUGACCCUGCACCAUCCACUGACUUCUAGUAAAUGUCUCUCACAAAUUAAGCAGGUCAGUGCUCUCUGAUUAACAUUGAUGUUUUUAUUUCAAAAUUUUAAAAAUGUUGUGGUCUAACUCAGAGUGUUAUGUGCCAUAGAUAAUCACACUGUGAUGCCACAUUUGUGUUAGAUGGGUAUAUAGUCAUAGGGGGGAAUGCAAUACAAUUCCACACAAAUAAGAAUAAAAAUGUGCAUGUCGCAAUGUAAUAUUCUUCAUUAGGCUUUUAUUGCAUUGCGAAUCUUAAUUGCACAUUGCACACUUUUAGGAUGUACUUGAAGGUGGCGUUAACUUUUUGGGCAAAUUUUUUUAUUACAUAUACUGCACACUAACGCAAAAUAUAAAGUUUACAGUCGCUAUCCUACUAUCGUGCGAGGGGCAAAGGGUUCACAAAAUGUUCAUUACAUUUGCACAAAGGCAACAAAAAAAAUUUCGUUAACGAACUAUAUUACAUUUCACCAUUGUUUUAGACAUCUUGGUGCACAGGAGAAAUCAAAGCUUGCGUGCUUGAAAGAAAAUGAGUCAAGCCUAGAGCAGAAUACGAAUAUGCAGCACCAAAUGUGUGAAAGAUCCAUAUUCCGGGCAUCCAUUUCUAGGCACACAUGAUUGACGGUGCAGAAUGUACAGCUUGUACAUGCGGUUUUACACAGUGCCCCCUGUUAUGUAUGGAGAAUUUCAACGUUAUAAAUAUGCCCCUAAUAGGUAGAGACUGUGUAAAUAAUCCCACGGAUCUGCUGAUUUGCACUUUGCUAAUAAUGAAUCCCAUUGUAACCGUUGAAGGCUCAGGUGCUGAUAUAUCAUGAGGUAUUUCCCAAAUGUGCCUUAAAUACUUGAUGAAAACCAGGGUUCUAGAUAUUCUAGUAGUAAUAUAGUCUUCAAGAACAAUUAGAAAAUGAUUUAGGGACAAAAAAACACUUUAAAAAGAUCAUAUAGUAUGAUAAAUAUUGUCAACUGCUGCAUUUUCCCCAUGGUUUUCCUAAUUGAUUCCAUUUACAUUAUUACAAUAAAAAUCCCCCCUCCACCAGUGUCAGAAUUUGCCAUACCACUUCCAUUACCUCCAUUUUAUUUCACUCCUGCUAAAGCUCCUACACCAACAUCCAAGUCUGCAGCUAAACUUGAGCCUCUUUCAAAUUAACAACAGAUUUAUUGGCGCAUGUAUCAUUUUGGUAAAUCAUACGGUUUCUUGUUUGAAAAAUAUCUGCUAUGUCUGUUUCCUAUUCAUACAAUAUUUUCAAGCUGAACCAUUCAUAAGCAAAUGGGAUAACAGAAAGAUUCAUCAAUGACUUAUCGUGUAUCAUACAUUCAGCUUACCUAUGCUUUAAUAAAUGUGAUGCACUGA